AUGGUGUUCUCCGUUGAAACCUCGUCUCUCUUCCCUUACACUCUUUCCGCAAAACCUAAGAAGGUUACAACCCUCUUCCCGUCCUUUGUCAAACCGUGCCUUCAACCCUACGUUUCCAAAACCCUAAGUCUCUCCGUUUCAGGCAGAAGCAGAACACUUUCCCCUGUUUUAUCGUCGAUAACACAAGUGGUUGACGAAGACAAAGACGACAAGCUUCACGAAGAAUGUGGAGUUGUUGGAAUCUACGGUGACCCUGAAGCUUCCCGUCUCUCUUACUUGGCUCUUCACGCGCUGCAGCACCGUGGCCAAGAAGGAGCAGGAAUCGUAACCGUUAAUCAGAACGGUCUCGAAUCAAUCACAGGCGUCGGAUUAGUCUCGGAUGUGUUCACCGAGUCGAAACUAAACACUCUUCCUGGCGAUGUAGCGAUAGGCCACGUCCGGUACUCAACUUCCGGAGCCUCGAUGCUCAAGAACGUUCAGCCUUUCAUCGCUAGCUGCAAACUAGGAUCACUCGCAGUUGCGCACAAUGGUAAUUUCGUGAACUACAAGCAACUGAAGACAAAGCUCGAGGAGAAGGGCUCAAUCUUCAACACAAGCUCUGACACCGAGCUCGUUCUUCACCUGAUCGCCAAAUCUAAGGGCAAGACGUUCCUUCAUAGGAUCAUCGACGCUUGCGAGCAGCUUCGAGGUGCCUACUCGAUGGUUUUCGUCUUUGAAGACAAGCUUGUCGCUGUCCGUGACCCGUUAGGGUUUAGACCACUUGUGAUGGGAAGAAGAAGCAACGGAGCAGUUGUUUUCGCCUCCGAGACUUGCGCAUUGGACCUGAUCGAUGCGAGAUAUGAACGUGAAGUGUGUCCCGGCGAGAUUGUGGUCGUGGAUAAAGAUCAUGGAGACAGCUCUAUCUUCAUGAUCUCUCACCCUCAACCGAAACAGUGCGUUUUCGAGCACGGUUACUUCUCGCAGCCCAACUCAGUUGUCUUUGGCCGCUCUGUGUAUGAAACCCGACGCAUGUACGGUGAGAUCCUAGCCACGGUGGCACCUGUCGAAUGUGAUGUCGUCAUCGCAGUGCCAGACUCGGGAACAGUGGCCGCUCUUGGAUAUGCAGCCAAAGCUGGAGUGCCGUUCCAGAUUGGUCUCCUGAGGUCACACUAUGCUAAACGCACGUUUAUAGAGCCGACUCAGAAAAUCCGAGAUUUUGCCGUGAAAGCCAAGCUAUCUCCUGUCCGAGCAGUCCUCGAAGGGAAGCGGGUUGUAGUAGUGGACGACUCGAUUGUCAGAGAAACCACGAGUCUGAAGAUAGUUCGAAUGCUUAGAGACGCCGGAGCAAAGGAGGUUCACAUGAGAAUCGCAUUGCCGCCGAUGAUUGCAUCGUGUUAUUACGGAGUGGAUACCCCGAGGAGCCAAGAGUUGAUCUCUAGUAAAAUGAGCGUUGAGGAGAUCCGGAAGCAUAUCGAUUGCGAUUCUCUGGCGUUUCUACCAUUAGAUAGCUUGAAACAAGUCUAUGGACCAGUCGAGUCACACAGCUACUGCUACGCCUGCUUUACCGGGAAGUAUCCUGUUGUGGCAGAGACUGAGGAGGAGAAUAAAGCCGAGGGAGAAGUCAACGCUUUCUGA